UAAUCAAACACAAACGUAUGGUAAUUAUCGAAUAAGAAUAAAUCACCUUGAUAUGAAAGUGCAAUAAAAUCUCGAAGAUUUGCUAUAAAUACCAACAUGUGUCACAAGGAUCGGUCAUCAUUUGUCCACAUUCGUCCGCCAACAACACGACAAACCAGUAACCAGCAACAACAAUGAAAAUGAUUAAAUUUCCAUAUUUCGUUUGCUGUGCGUUACUGAUUAGCGUUUGGUCUGAAGCACGAGAAAUUUUUUCACCAGUCCAGGAUAUUAUCAAAAUUAAUACGACCGAUACGAUGGCUACGUUUGAAUUACAUUGUUCACAUUCUAGUACCAUUUGUCGAUUUGUAUUGAUAAAUGAUGAUCAAAAAACGAUACAAGCUGAUAUGAAUUUGGAACCAAAACGCAGUUAUCAACGUCAUACAUUUGACAAUCUUGAACCGAAAUGUUGGUAUCGGAUAACGAAAUUGAUAGAUGGCAAUGUGAUUGAAAGUGGUCGAUUUCGUACUCGUAUGCAAGCACCAUCUGUACCAAAGAUCAAUGAGUUAUUUUGUUUGAAUCCAAAUGAACUUUUAGUUCGAUGGUCACCUCCUAUUCCUGUCCAUCAAGAAGGCAAAUAUUCAUUUCGUAUAGAAUGGUGGCCAAAUACCGAUCCUAAUCAUUUGUAUUGGGCAGUUGUUUCGAUCCAAAACGAUUCACAACAGGUGAUCGAUCCAUAUUCUGUGAUAAUUCGAAAUUUAUCGAAUGAAAAUUAUCGAUUACAAAUUCAAAGUCAUCUAUUCGAUACUGAAUACCGUUAUGAUUUAUUCAGUGAUUUUAGUUCAAAUCAAGAAUUCAAUUGCAUCAUCAAUAAUGAUAUAAAUAUGGACAAUAUGGAAAUAUUAUGGCUUGUUUCUAUUAUAUUCUUAUCGAUAUUUGCAACAUUGAUUUUAUUAUUAGUCAUAUGGUAUCGUUACAAUGAUUUUCGAUCGACAAAACAUUAUGAUCUGGAACAUUUUCAAAAACAAUUUCAACUAAAUGAUAUGGACAAGAAAUAAUUGUUGCCAAUUUUUCGAAUUCACUUUAUGUCUCUUUUGUAUAAUGUAUCUGUAAUAAAUGAAACAACAAUUAUAAGAAUUUUCAUCAUUUAAUAAUUCGAAUACAAGAUUGAAUCAUUCGUUAUCUAUGAACAGGGACAACAAUUUUCAAAAAAAAAAAAAUUCUUCUUGGAUAUAUGAUUUUAGCCGAUGAUGAAUGUUGAUAAGUCGAUCUACGAUAAUGGCAUCUGAAACUUUUUUUUUUUUGAUUGAUCGGAUCAAUGAAUGAUUUUUUUACUUUAUGUAACCGAUCGAAAAUUGAUGUUGGCGGUUCAAUUAUUAUUGUUAUCGUUAUAAUAAUAACUUUUUUUUGGUUGAAUGGUUGGUUCAUUCAU